AUGGCACCCACAGUGCCACCUGUCGCUUCUAUUAGCAGUGACAGUAAACCAGCCGUGGAUCAUGAGUUGCACUUGACCGAUCUGCCCGACGCGGUGGCUCUCUAUGGCCUCUUCCUUACAACGACACUAUUUCUGAUGCUCCUGGUUACCGGGCUAUGCUUUAUGGUUCUGGGCUGGGCCACUACUAUCGGUGGGGUGAUCUCGCUUGGCCUGUUGAUUGUGACCCGGCAUUUCUAUAUCACGAGGAUGCGCAGUGUCGUGAACAUAGGCGCAGAGACGACGUCAAAGCAUGGACUGGACUUGUCACACUUGCCAGCUGUAUCGUACUUAUACGUCUUUGGGUCUGGCGGUCAUACCACAGAAAUGACGGCAUUGAUCAAGCUGAGCUUCAAGGCGAAAAGGAACCAACAUCGCCGGUAUAUCAUCACAGAUGAUGACCAACACUCUCAAAAUCAAGAGAUGGCUCUCGAACGCUUGUUACAUCAGUCGUGCGCAGAUGAGGCUACUGGAACAUACGACACCAUUAUCGUUCCAAGGGCCCGGAAAGUCUACCAGUCCUAUUCGUCGUCGGUGUACACCUCUCUAAGGUGUGCGCUUGACAUCCUAGUCGCCCUCACCACAAUACCUGCGCAGCGUGCUGGCACACCAAAUGCCAGUGAGUUUAGACACCCUCAUGUCGUCGUCACAAACGGGCCAGGAACGGGAUUUAUCGUGGGGCUCAUGGCACACAUGCUCAAAGUGCUCUAUCUUGCCCCAGAGGACCGACUAAAAGUUGUCUUCGUUGAGACGUGGGCAAGAACACACAACCUAGGACUCACCGGUAAGCUGUUCUAUUGGACUGGCAUUCCUGAUGUGUUUGUCGUCCAGUCCGAGAAGCUAUCCAAGAUUCUGGGCAAGCCUAAUAUCGGCAAUGUAAAUAUGAGGCUCAAAGCCGAUGGAAUCACGAACUCAACAAACAGGCAGUAA